AUGGCUCUAAAUGUAGAGAAUAAUCCCCUGAUGUGCAAGGUCUUUCCAACAAGCCUAACUGGACCGGCGCUCAACUGGUUCAAAAACUUGGCGAAUGGCUCUAUGGAAAGCUUCCGAAACUUAUGCGAUAGAUUCGUUAGCCAGUACUAUGGAAACGAGUGUCCAACCAAAGAUAUUUUGAGUUUGUUCACAAUGAAGCAGUUAGAAGGUGAAUGUUUCCUGGUUUUCCUCACCAGAUUUAACUUAGUGAAGAGUAUGGUGAUAGAGUGUCAUCCGUUCACGGCAGUUCAGGCAUUCAAAUUGGCCAUGACCAGAGAGACUCUAUUCCACACAAAUUUGAUGGUAAAUACGCCGAAAACCAUGGGCGAGCUGAAUGAAAGAGCUGAUGGUUUCGUGCAUUUAGAAGAAGAAGAAGCCACCAACACAAGAAAAACAUCCAUGGUCGUAACAGAGGUGAAGACCAAAGAGAAAAUCAGGCAAAAGCAAACCGUACCACAGCAUCCGACCUCCUGGAAAGCAGAAAAGAGGGCUUGA